ACCACAGCUGCCCCAACAACUACCACUACUGCCCCAACAACUACCACAGCUUCCCCAACAACAACCACAGCUUCCCCAACAACUACCACCACAGGACCAACAACUACCACAGCUGCCCCAACAACUACCCCAACAACAACCACCACUGGACCAACAUCUACCACAGCUGCCCCAACAACUACCACUGCUGGACCAACAACUACCACCACUGGACUAACAACUACCACAGCUGCCCCAACAACUACCACUACUGCCCCAACAACUACCACAGCUGCCCCAACAACUACCACUGAUGGACCAACAACUACCACCACUGGACUAACAACUACCACAGCUGCCCCAACAACUACCACUACUGCCCCAACAACUACCACAGCUGCCCCAAAAACUACCACUGAUGGACCAACAACUACCACCGCUGGACCAACAACUACCACCACUGGACCAAGAACCACCACCACUGGACAAACAACUACCACAGCUGGACAAACAACUACCACAGCUGGACCAACGACUACCACAGCUGCCCCAACUACUACCACAGCUGCCCCAACAACUACCACCGCAGGACCAACAACUACCACAGCUGCCCCAACAACUACCACAGCUAGACCAACGACUACCACAGCUGGACCAACAACUACCACAGCUGCCCCAACUACUACCACCGCUGGACCAACAACUACCACAGCUGGACCAACUACUACCACAGCUGCCUCAACAACUACAACUACCACAGCUAGACCAACGACUACCACAGCUGCCCCAACUACUACCACAAUUGCCCCAACAACUACCACAGCUGCCCCAACAACUACCACAGCUGCCCCAACAACUACCACAGCUGCCCCAACAACUACCACUGCUGGACCAACAACUAGCACCACUGGACUAACAACUACCACAGCUGCCCCAACAACUACCUCUACUGCCCCAACAACAACCACAGCUUCCCCAACAACAACCACAGCUUCCCCAACAACUACCACCACAGGACCAACAACUACCACAGCUGCCCCAACAACUACCCCAACAGCAACCACCACUGGACCAACAUCUACCACAGCUGCCCCAACAACUACCACUGCUGGACCAACAACUACCACCACUGGACUAACAACUACCACAGCUGCCCCAACAACUACCACUACUGCCCCAACAACUACCACAGCUGCCCCAACAACUACCACUGAUGGACCAACAACUACCACCACUGGACUAACAACUACCACAGCUGCCCCAACAACUACCACUACUGCCCCAACAACUACCACAGCUGCCCCAAAAACUACCACUGAUGGACCAACAACUACCACCGCUGGACCAACAACUACCACCACUGGACCAAGAACCACCACCACUGGACUAACAACUACCACAGCUGGACAAACAACUACCACAGCUGGACCAACGACUACCACAGCUGCCCCAACUACUACCACAGCUGCCCCAACAACUACCACCGCAGGACCAACAACUACCACAGCUGGACAAACAUCUACCACAGCUGGUCCAACAACUACCACAGCUGGACCAACAACUACCACAGCUGCCCCAACUACUACCACCGCUGGACCAACAACUACCACAGCUGGACCAACUACUACCACAGCUGCCUCAACAACUACCACUGAUGGACCAACAACUAACACCGCUGGACCAACAACUACCACCACUGGACCAACAACUACCACAGCUGGACCAACUACGACCACCGCGGCCCCAACAACUACCACAGCUGCCCCAACAACUACCACAGCUGCCCAAACAACUACCACAGCUGGACAAACUACUACCACAGCUGCCUCAACAACUACCACAGCUGGACCAAGAACUACCACAGCUGCCUCAACUACUACCAGCGCUGGACCAACAACUACCACAGCUAGACCAACUACUACCACAGCUGCCUCAACAACUACCACUGAUGGACCAACAACUACCACCGCUGGACCAACAACUACCACCACUGGACCAACAACUACCACAGCUGGACCAACAACUACCACCGCUGGACUAACAACAACCACAGCUGCCCCAACAACUACCACAGCUGGACCAACAACUACCACCGCUGGACUAACAACAACCACAGCUGCGCCAACAACUACCACAGCUGGACCAACGACUACCACAGCUGCCCCAACUACUACCACAGCUGCCCCAACAACUACCACCGCUGGAGUAACAACAACCACAGCUACCCCAACAACUACCACAGCUGGACCAACGACUACCACAGCUACCCCAACUACUACCACAAUUGCCCUAACAACUACCACAGCUGCCCCAACAACUCCCAAUAGCUACCGCUGCUGGAUCAACAACUACCACAGCUGGACCAACAACUACCGAAGCUUCCCCAACAACUACCGAAGCUUCCCCAACAACUGCCACAGCUGGACCAACAACAACCACAGCUGCCCAAACUACCACUACAACGGGACCAACAACAACCACAGCUGGACGAACAACCACAACAUCUGGCCCAACUACCGCAACAUCAAGCCCCACAACAAACACAGCUGCCCCAACAACUACCACCGCUGCCCCAGCAACUACCACCACUGGACCGACAACUACCACUGA